CCUCUGGCAGAGAGAGGGAGGGAGAGAGAGACCUUCUCCCACACACUCACUGAGGCUGUGUGUGUGAUGGUUGCUGUGUGUGAGAGCUGGUUUGUGAGCGUGGACGAGGGGUAUGAUUAAUCCUAUGGAAUAGGACGUUCAAACAUUUAAAGGACAAAGAAAUAGACAUCUAUGGAUCAGGAAUUUUCAUGAAAUCUGCAAUAAGUGAAGUCAAGAUAUGCUUCAAGGAGAACAGAGAUAUGAAGAAAGUUGCUUUUUGUCCUGCUUGUUGUUAGCGUGUGAGACUGGGUCACUGAGGACAGACACCGUAUUCCCAGGGGCACCUCGCUGGGUCUGCUAGCCACUACAACAGAACGGCUACUUUCCUCUCAGGUCGGAUGUUUUGACAGGACUGCAGCCAUGCUGUGUGGUCUGAGGAGAGAGGCAAAGAACAGCAGCAUCGAUGACGGGCCCUACUCUAAGGGCAGCAAGGACUCUGGAGGGACCGACCAUUCCCUUACCUCCAGGAGACGCAGUAUUGCAGAGGACUACCGGGGUGUGACCACGGUGGACCUGAUAAAAAGGGAGGGCAGCAGCCUGGGCCUCACCAUCUCCGGGGGGUCCGAUAAGGACGGCAAGCCCAGAGUGUCAAACCUGCGGCCAGGUGGGCUAGCUGCCAGGAGUGACCAGCUGAAUGUGGGAGACCACAUCAAGUCAGUGAACGGCAUCAACCUGUCCAAGCUCCGCCACGAUGAGAUCAUCAGCCUGCUGAAGAACAUAGGGGAGCGUGUGGUGCUGGAAGUGGAGUUCGAACUACCUCCCUUUGGUUCGAGCACUUCUAUCCAGAACACUCCCUCAGGUGUCAUAGCUAAGACCAUAGAGGUGUGCCUAUACAAGGAGGGCAACAGCUUUGGAUUCGUCAUGAGAGGAGGGUUCCAUGAAGACUGGCACAGGUCUCGUCCUCUGGUAGUGACCUACGUACGGCCCGGGGGGCCAGCUGACAGAGAGGGAACACUGAAGGCUGGUGACCGCGUGCUGAGCAUAGAUGGGAUGCCCUUAAACCGAGAGAAGCACGCUGACGCCCUGACUAUGCUGAUGCAGAGUAGCCAGGAAGCCCUGUUCCUGAUUGAGUAUGAUGUCUCCCUCAUGGAGUCAGUCCAGCAGGCCUCUGGCCCCCUACUGGUGGAGAUAAUGAAGUGUCCUGCAGCCAGUCUGGGUGUCAGCCUGGCUACUGCUGUGUACAGGAACAAACAGGUCAUCGUCAUCGACAAGAUAAAACAAGCCAGUGUGGUGGAAAGGUGUGGGGCAUUGCAUAUAGGUGAUCUCAUCCUGUCUAUAGAUGGGACCAGCACUGAGCACUGUUCCCUGAUGGAGGCCACGCAGCUAUUGGCCCAAACCUCUGACGUUGUCAAAUUGGAGAUCCUCCCAGCCAAUCAGAGCAGACUUCCCAUGAGACCCCAAGACACAGUGAAAGUGCAGAAAAGCAACCUUCACCAUUGGGACCCCACUGCCAACUACAGCCACACCCAACACUGCAAGACAUGGAGCAGUCCCAGCCACCAGCUCAACCAGCAGGACCACUGCAAAUCUCUGGUGUGUGGUGGCUUCUCCCCUUCCUCUACAGCCACCUCAGGGUACAGCAGCAACCAGGGCAGUCAGGGCAGCAGCACCCUGCCCUGCCCAAUCCCCCCCGUCGCCCCCACAAGCCCCCGCAGCACUACACACAAGAGACGCCAGCGGAGAAAGGAGCACAAGAGCUCACUGUCCCUAACAUCCAGCUCAGUGGGCCCUGGGGGUCAGGUUGUUCACGUGGAGACCAGCGAGGUCAUCCUGAGGGGGGAUCCACUCCUAGGGUUCGGGGUUCAGCUGCAGGGGGGUGUCUUUGCCACAGAGACCCUGUCCGCUCCUCCAGUCAUCCGCUUCAUUGAGCCCGACAGCCCUGCCGAAAGAUGUGGGCUUCUGCAUGUGGGGGACAGACUCCUGUUCAUCAACAGAAUCCCUACAGAGGAUGGAACACUGGAGGAAGCCAAUCAACUGCUGCGAAAUGCCGCUUUGGCCAAUAAGGUCACCUUGGAGGUCGAGUUUGAUGUAGCAGAAUCAGUGGUUCCAAGUAGUGGCACAUUCCAUGUGAAACUGCCCAAGAGGAAAGGAGUGGAACUUGGCAUCACCAUCAGUGCAAGCAAGAGACCCGACAAACCUCUCAUCAUCUCUGACAUCAGAAAAGGAAGCAUAGCCCACAGGACAGGCACCUUGGAGCCAGGGGACAGGCUGCUGGCCAUCGAUAACGUGCGUCUGGAGAACUGCACCAUGGAGGACGCCAUGCACGUGCUGCAGCAGGCAGAGGACAUGGUCAAGCUCCGGAUCCAGAAGGACGAGGAUAACGCUGAUGAGCUGGAGAUGUCUGGUUCCAUUAUCUACACGGUGGAGCUGAAGCGUUACAACGGCCCGCUGGGUAUCACCAUCUCAGGCACAGAGGAGCCCUUUGACCCCAUCGUCAUCUCAGGCCUCACCAAGAAGGGCUUGGCCGAAAGGACUGGUGCCAUCCAUAUAGGGGACCGUGUCCUGGCCAUCAAUUGUGUGAGUCUGAAGGGGAAACCCCUGAGCGAGGCCAUCCAUCUACUCCAAAUGGCCGGAGAGACUGUCACCCUCAAGAUCAAGAAACGCCAAGACGAAUCGGAAGGGCAGCAGACGUCGGAGCAGGCAGGGUUCCUGAGCGACACAGAGGAUGAGCUGACUGACUCCCAGAAGACCAGUAAACACUCAGGGGUGUACUCUACCACCGGGCCCAGCGUGGACUCUGCCAUAAGCUCCUGGGACUGUUCCGGCAGCCAAGGAACGUAUCUCCACAGAUCUGCGGAUUUGACCUUCCAGCCUAACGAGUGGAGACGCACCAAACCGCCCAGGACUCACCUCACCUCCACUGGCCUUACCGGCCUUACCCACCACUCCCACCUCUACGAUGGGAGAUACACUGAGGAUGACUGGGAUAAGGCUGCUGGAUAUGCCAGCCCCCCUCGUUGCCAUGGCACCCUGAACCAGGAGGACAGCUUCUGGUCCCAGGCCCUGCAGGACCUAGAGACCUGCGGCCAAUCAGAGAUACUCAGGGAGCUGGAGGCGUCCAUGACAGGCAGCACUCUUAGCCUGUAUCUGGAGGAGACCAAGUCCCAGGAAGACUCAAUGCUACAGAGCAGAAUCAGUCCUGUGAAGAGGGGUCCCAUCCAUAACGAGCUCAAGACCAAAGGCAACCUGCAGAGGUCCAACAGGACCAGGGACACACCCCCCAGAGGGAGAGUAGAGGCCCAGGAGACCACUUCCCCUACAGCCCUGGAACUACUGAAGGUGACACUGAGGAAGGACCCAGACUGUGGAGACUUUGGCUUCAGUGUGUCAGACGGCCUCCUGGAGAAAGGCAUCUAUGUCAACAUGAUCCGACCAGAUGGCCCUGCCAACCAGGCCGGGUUGAAACCCUACGACCGCAUUCUGCAGGUGAACAGAGCAAGGACCAGAGACUUUGACUGCUGCCUGACCGUUCCUCUCAUCACUGAAGCAGGAGACAGCUUGGUCCUGGUCAUCAGCAGAAACUCCCUGGCACAGGCAGAUAAUGGGCCACCUCUGGACUGUGAGGACCCCUCUGACUCCCUGUUCAGCUUCCUACAUUACAGUACCAAUAGUAUCGCCCUGUGAAAAAGGUCCCGGGGGGAGGUUAUGGAUAAUAGCACGUUAAAAUGGUGUUACACAUUAUACCAUGUGACACGUAGGCACUGCACGUCACACACACUGGUUUUGUUUUGUCAUAUCUCUUGUACACACACACAGAAUCACAUUCGCACGUGCGAAUACAUGUGUAUGUGAAUAAACACACAGACACACUCUGUCAGCAACUAAUUCACACUCCCACACACAUGCAUUCACCGUGACCAGUGUUAGUCAGUGUAUUCAUGUGAUGUAGAGCAGAGGACGUUCAGUCAGGCUUCUGGGGCUGUUCAGGCAAAACCACAUGUAGUUACAUAACAGCUUCAGACUCAUCCUGGAUGAGAACACUAGCCUUGCUCAGCUCUGCAGAAAUCCCAGAGAAACAUAAACACACACUUCCCUCUCAGAGAAGGUGCGUUCGGGACACAGCACCACCACAGCGUUUUGUUUUUGUUCUUAAAAAAAUUAAGUGAAAUGUGUGCAAUUGUGACCCUCUGUGACCUCUUGCUGGGGAAUGGUGGAGUUGCACGUACACACACACUUGACACACGAACGUGCGCCCAUGCGGGGUGUUCGAGGAGUCCAGGCAUGCUGUGCUGGACUAUUAUUUGAGCCAUGUCUUGGCUGGCUGCCCUCUCCUUCCCUUCAGCCCGGCCUGGCCAUCCAGCACCCCACACUGUUAGCGCCACAAAUUACCGUAGAUAGAAUGCUAAGCUGGCAUUCACUGUUACUUGCCAUGUACUGCAAACAUUUCUAUUUUAGGUACCUCACUCUCUAUCCUAAAGUCUAAAAUGUUUGUGAAAAUGUAUUUGGGUCCAAGUUUUAUGGCCGUCAUGUGAAGGACAAAUACUUACCAAGGCCUUUUUUAUCACAGCUUCAUUGCUCAGAACAAAAGUUGCAGAAUGUUUCUUUCUCUCGUUACAUUUCUCACACCGUGUUAUUAGCUACUGGAUAGACUGGGCAGACAUUUGUCAUUCAUUACUUUUUGGGAUCAGCAUUUUUUGUUUGAAGGUUCUUGUCAAUGGUUUUAUGCUAUCAAGUUCACUUUAUUUCUGAAACCAAACCACACACUGUUUUUGCUUGUAUGCACUAGUAGGUCACCUAAAUCAGAUCCAUGCACUAGAUUGACAUGCUUUAUCACUCAAGAUUUAAAUGUAUUAUACAACUAAUGGUGAUACUGUCACAAUCUUUGUUUUGAAAAGCUUUGUCACACACUCUGAAGGAGUGUUCCUUGUCAUUAAAACAUAGUAUUCUGAUUCUGUUCCGGGAGCUCACGUUUCUCCUACACCUCUUUAAAAUGUUACCCUCAAUAUCAGCAUCUCUUGUGAGGCCAGGCGUUUUUACUGACUAGAAAACCUCAUGGCCGUAGUCCUAUACAAACAUGUUUCAGAAGGCACUACACCAGAGAUACUUACAGUACAGUACCAACUCUCAGGAGUACAGAGUGGUUUCCCCACAAAAAACAUCAUAAGUGAAUCACAUCCCCUGCCAAAUGUGGAAUGAAAUACCUUUCAAUUGAGAUGAUGAAUGAUUUCGUUUGAACCUUUUAAAGACAUUUUAAUGUAUCUGUUGAGGUUUAGGCCUCAACUCUCCAUAGGGUAUGGACUUGGAUUAGAGAGUAUUUUCCCCAGCUUCCAUGCCUGUUUCUCCCUCCCAUGUUAGUAAGCAUGGUAAACAUGAAGCUAUAGGAUUUAAUGUCCCACCCAGUAGAAAGCUUGCAUUAUUCACAAGGGGGAAUUUUAGAGCUUUUCUGUGCUGAACAAUUGCCAUCUCUGUCCUGCUAAGUAAGACAGAACCUUCACUAUAGCUGUUCCCGUUUUAUCAUGACAUUAUAUGUUUUUAUAAAGCUCUUACGUAACACGUCUCGUCCUGGCCUGCUUACCAAGUUGCCUCAGUGGAAAUAAGAUUUGUUUCAUGUCAUGUAAUGGCUGGGGAAGAGAUGUGAGACUGCAGAGUCAUGCUGUCCCAUUCAGGGCUCAACUCACUGCUUUUUAAUCCUCAGAAAGGAAACACGUUUUAAGAUUGUUUUUAUGUUGCUCUCAAACUGUCAUACAACAUCAAAUGUCCCAUUUGAUACAGAGGCCUAUUUUUGGUUCUAUUCAUUUUAUUUGAGGUGGUUCUGAAUAUUAUUCAGUAAAGUCUGUACAACAUGGUCUCCCUUCCUAAGUACAGUGUUUUUAUUUGAACUGAUAUUCUGCAUGUGUGGUUUUGUAUGUAAGAUGUGACUGAGUGCAGUAUCUGUUCUCUGUACAGUUCUUCUGUUUACAUUGUCCCCAGCUGCAUCCAAGCAUAGAUAUUUAAGUGGGGGGUCUGAAGGAAAUUGGUUUGUAAGAUGUUAUUGGAUUCUUUGGUGAGAGAUGUAUUUCCUGCUUUUUAUGAAAAUAAAGAUAUGAGGAAUGGA